AUGGCCAGAAAAAAUUAUUCUGCAGUGACUGAGUUUGUCCUUGUGGGAUUAACAGAUGAACCAGAACUUCAGCUGCCUCUCUUCCUCCUAUUUCUAGGGAUCUAUGUGGUCAGUGUACUGGGAAACCUCGGUUUGGUCCUCAUAAUCACUUUUAAUUCCAAGCUCCACACUCCCAUGUACUUUUUUCUUGGUAAUUUGGCAUGCAUCGAUUUCUUUUAUUCCUCAGUUGUUACCCCCAAACUCCUGGGAAACUUUGUAUUGGAGCAAAAUAUUAUUUCCUACCCUGCAUGCAUGACACAACUUUUUUUCUAUUGUGAUUUUGCAAUUGCUGAGUGCUACAUGCUGACUGCCAUGGCAUAUGAUAGAUACGUAGCUAUCUGUAGUCCAUUGCAUUACAAUGUCACCAUGUCCCAAAAGGUCUGCAGUGUGCUGGUGACUGGAGUCUAUAGUAUGGCAACUGUUGGAGCUAUGGCCUACACUAUGUCCAUAAUCAGACUCUCCUUCUGCGGGGACAAUGUCGUCCACCAUUACUUCUGUGACAUAGUUCCUCUCCUAAGGCUCUCCUGCUCCAGUACCUCCAUCAGUGAGUUUCUGGUAAUACUUCUAGGUGGAUUUAAUGCACUGGCAACAAUUAUGGCUAUCAUCAUCUCUUAUGUCUUCAUACUCAUCAGCAUUCUUCGAAUACCAUCAGCUGAAGGCAGGUCCAAAGCCUUUAGUACCUGUGGUUCUCAUCUCACAGCUGUUGGGGUCUUUUAUGGAUCCAUGAUAGUCAUGUAUUUCAAGCCAGCAUCCAGCAGCAACAUGGCACAGGAGAAGGUGGCCUCUGUGUUCUACAGCACAGUCAUCCCCAUGCUGAAUCCCUUGAUUUACAGCUUGAGAAAUAAGGAUGUAAAGAAUGUGCUGAGAAAAGUCAUUGGAAUGAGGUAUGGAACACACCAGGGUAGUAGUCAAGACCACUAA